AUGGACAUCUCUGGUAUGGACAACGAAUCGCUUGAGCUGGUUGUGCAGUUUCUCCGCCAUGAUAUCAGCAACAUGGACCAAGAUGAUCCCUUGAGAGCUCCACAAGCACGCGAGCUACAGGCCCUCGGUGCUGUCCUUGCCAAUCGCCAGUAUGCUCAACGCCUUGUCGAUACUGGCGUCGCUGUCGUAGGCCAAUUUGAGGAGCCAAUUGCCCAAGAGCCCCUUGCAGUCGACUGCGCUGAGCAUGCCAAUGCUAGUGUUGCUGAGGCUGGUCAUCCUGAGGCGCCCGUGUUGCUUAAGGAUGCAACUGCUGAGGAUGAUUAG